AUGAGGAGCAUCCUAUUGAGUCUGCCCGCUAUUCUUGCAAUCGUCGCAUUCACCACAAGAAUCUUCAACUUUAUCACCAAGGGCACACGCCACGGGCUUGGCAGACCCUGGAUCAUUUACAGCCUCUCCCAACUCCUAACUCUCGCGGCCAUCGGGUCCCUCAUUGCGCGCGCAGUGCUUCUGUCAAACCAACAACCGAACGGUGAUUACUCCCCCGCCUCGAUGAUGAGCACCAUCCUGGUGGCCAUCGCCUGGACUUUUGGCCUUGUUCUGAACCAAUUCGAGUCCCUUUACAAGAUCCGUGCGUCCCCGUUUAUCUUUUGCUACAGUCUUGUCUCCCUAGUCGCUGCGGCGAUCGUGGUCCGAACCCUCAAGGACACACAACAUGCAGAUCAGGAUCCCUUCAAAGCGUUGGUCGCCUUUCUGGCCUUCAACUGUGCUCAUUUUGUGAUCGAGUCCUGGCCACGAGGUCAGUUUGCGGUUCAGAAGAACGCCUCUGUAGGGGAAUACGAAAAGGCGAAUUUCUUUUCCCGGAUCACUUUCCAUUUCAUGCAGCCCAUCGUUUCCCUCGGUUACAAGCGCCCCUUGGUCCAGGAGGAUAUUGAUUCCUUGAUGCCCAAGGAGAUGCAGGCAGAACAGUCUCACCUCCGCCUAUCGACGCGUUGGAACGCCAAGAAAAUCAAGUGUGCUAAUCUUGGCAACAACACAACCCCAUCCCUGAUGAAGACCAUCCUGUUCUCGUUCAAGACUCAGUGGGUGCCCGUGAUCCUCAUCCGCAUCCUCACCUCCGUCAUGACCUACGUCUCCCCUCAACUCCUAAACUCUCUCCUGGGGUUCAUCCAAUCCUACGCAUCCCCCAACGAGGCGGACCAUAAACCCGUUGCCCUCGGGAUUAUCCUGGCAUUUGGCAUGUUCUUCUCAUCCUUGUUGGUGACCUUUCUGAACGGCCAGUUACAGGCGACAUGUACGAAUCUGGGGCUCGAGGUCCGGACGGCAUUGAUGUCGAUGAUUUAUCGCAAGGCGUUAAGGUUAUCGAAUAGCGCGCGGCAAAAGUCGACUGCGGGCGAGAUUACGAAUCAUAUGAGCGUUGAUGCUGAGCGCUGGCCCAUGAGUUUGCCGACUGUUAUCACUGCCAUCUCUGUCCCACUGGAAAUCGGUAUCGCGUCAUGGAUGCUGUACGAGCUCAUUGGAUGGUCCAUCUUUGUCGGCAUCGCUGCCGUCAUCCUGAUGCUGCCUAUCCAUGCAAAACUUGCAGGUUACUUCCAGUCCUUCCGUGCCGCCAAGAUGAAGGCCAUGGAUAGCCGUCUCCGUCUCGUCAACGAAGUCCUCGGUGGCAUGAAGAUCGUCAAAUUGUACAACUGGGAGGAGCCGUUCAAGGAGAGGAUCGCAGUAGUCCGUCGCAACGAGGUAGAGCUCCUCACACGGUUCGGGAUCAUGUUUUCCUUUGUCGGUCUCGUCUUCACCUCCACACCCCUUGUCAUUACUCUCGUCUCUCUGGCCGUCUACGCAACCCAUGGCGGACCUGGCGCUACCCCUGGUGAUAUGAAUCCUCAGACCAUUUUUGUCAGUAUCACUCUCUUUGGUCUCUUGUCCAGACCCAUCAGCGUCAUGUCCAGCACCCUUAGUCAGCUUACUAGUAUCACUGUUGCCACGAUCCGGAUCCAGAAGUUCCUCCUUGCCGAGGAACUCGAUGAGACUAUGAUUGAACGGGAUUUGGAUGGUGUCCAUGAUGAUGGCAGACCCGUGAUUGAGAUCAAAGGAUCAGCUGUCUUCGCGUGGUGCCCCGAGCAUGCCCCCGUCGAAACCGAGAAGCAGAAGAAAGUGCGUGAGAAGGACGAGGCCAAGAAACAGGAAGCCGCCGAAGCCAAGGCUCGCAAGGAGAACAAGCCUGUGCCUGAGAAGAAAGCCGCCGAAGAGAUUGAUUACUCCCCAACCUUGACCAACAUCAACCUCUCGGUCGCCAAAGGCUCACUUACAGCUAUUGUCGGACGCGUCGGACAGGGCAAGACAUCUUUGUUGUCAGCUUUGAUUGGUGAAAUGUACAAGCGCCAGGGAACGGUCCGGAUCCGUGGACGUGUUGCCUAUGCAGCUCAGCAAGCGUGGAUCGUCAACAUGACACUGAGGGACAACAUUACCUUUGGACUCGACUUUGAUCAAGAGAGAUACGAUCGCAUCGUUGCUGCCUCGGGUCUGUUGCCAGAUAUCAAGAUGCUACCCGCCGGCGACCAGACCGAGAUCGGAGAACGUGGAAUCAACCUAUCUGGUGGUCAGAAACAACGUGUCUCCCUCGCCCGUGCCGCCUACCAAGAUGCAGAUGUCUACCUUUUGGAUGAUCCUCUCAGCGCCGUCGAUGCCCACGUCGACCAACAUCUAUGGGAGAACCUGAUCGGACCUAAUGGGUUGCUGAAAGACAAGACUCGUCUGCUGGUCACCCAUGGCAUCCACCACCUCGAGCACGUCGACCAAAUCGUGGUCAUCAAGGACGGACAGAUCACCGAAAACGGACACUAUGACGACCUGAUGGACUCUAAGAGUGCCUUUUACCAGCUGAUUGACGAGUACUCGAUUAAUGCUCGCAAGGACCGCAAGGAGAAAAAGGUCGUCAAAGGCGAGGGCGAAAUUGAGGCCGAGGAGGAAAACGAAGAUCAUAGCGGCGGGGAAGAAGAGGAUAAAAGUGACGCGGAUACUCAGAAGGGAGAUGAGAAGAUUGCGAAGAAGGUCGAAUUGGCUGCCAAGAAGGAUGAGAAGGCUGCUGAAUUGAUUGCUGCUGAGAAGAUGGUCAUGGGUCGUGUCUCCUGGGAUGUCUACCGUAUUUACCUCCGCGCCGCGUAA